CAUGCGCAAAAACUCCCAAUUGUAAUCAGUAAGUAACAUUCAAUUAAUUCAUAUGUUGCCUUUCAUCAAUACUAGAGCGCAUUCUCGUGAGCUUCUUCGGAAGUAAAAAGUUUCAAGAUGUUUGUUUACGCUAUGCGUUCUUCCUUCAUCGUCGCAAUUGCGGCUGCCAGUUGUGUGCGCAAUCAUUGCCAUUUCGGAGGCACCUGCAUUUCGUUACAGAACGACAGUUCGGAAUUCGUAUGCAAAUGUACAACCGGAUGGGACGGACGCCUUUGCACGACCCCUUUCCGGUACAUCGGAUGUUUUCAGGAUACUCCGGCCCGUAUCAUGAAUGUCAGGCUACCCGAUUCGAAUUCAAACUCACCGCUGGAGUGUGCCGCUCGUUGCCAUGGCUACGCUUAUAGCGGCACCCAGGUCGGCACAGCGUGCUAUUGUGGAGACUGUCUGAACUCCACGAGCAUGCCGGAUGUCGAAUGUAACAUGGCGUGUCCUGGGGACAGCAGCAAGAAUUGCGGUGGAAAAUGGAGGAUGAGCGUCUACAGCAAAAGGGCUCGGUAAAUGUCGACUCAUGAAAAAAGAAAAUCGUGGUACCAAAACAACACUGUGAGCUGAUACAAACUGCCCGAAUAACACUCUUCGCCUAUCGAAAACUGAUUGCUUUUGUUAUUUUUAUAGAACAAUAUAUUCUAAUCUUAACUAAGUGCCUGAUUACAGAGAAAAGUGUUUGCAUUCAAUUUUUCUGAGCAGUUACAACAUGGAUGAAAAUAUAUUAACGACAGAUUCUUCUAUAUUUAUAUAUUUUCACAAUAAAAGCUUUCUUCUGCAAA